AUGGCCAUAGUCAACCUGUUCCUUUCGCCGUGGGCGCUCCUCGCAGCCCCAGUCCUGCUCGUCGCCUGGUACUUGUAUCCGUACCUUGUCACAUACGCCGACCUUCGAGGCAUCCCCGCGCCGUUCCCCGCCCAGUUCUCAAACCUUUGGCUGCUCUAUGUGUGUCGGCGCGGCGACCGCUACCUGACCGCCGAUGAGUUGCACAAGAAGCUGGGACCGGUGGUGCGCAUCCAGCCCAAUCAUGUCAGUGUGGCCGACGACGAGGCCAUCCAGGUCAUCUACGGCCACGGCAACGGCUUCCUGAAGAGCGACUUCUACGACGCAUUUGUGUCGAUCCAGCGCGGGCUGUUCAACACCCGCGACAGGCACGAGCACUCGCGAAAGCGCAAGAUCGUCAGCCACACCUUCUCGCUCAAGUCCAUCUCGCAGUUCGAGCCGUACAUCCACUCCAACCUGGAGCUGUUUGUCAGGCGGUGGGACGACCUCGUCGCCAACAACGCCAACAACAGCAGCCCGGGAAAGACACCCACGGCGCACCUCGACUGCCUCAAGUGGUUCAACUACCUCGCCUUCGACGUCAUCGGCGACCUGGCCUUCGGCGCCCCCUUCGGCAUGCUGGAGCGCGGCGAGGACCUGGCCGAGGUGCGCGCGAGCCCCGAGUCGGAGCCCAUCUACGCGCCCGCCAUCGAGAUCCUCAACCGCCGCGGCGAGGUCAGCGCCGCCCUGGGCUGCCUGCCGCAGCUCAAGCCCUGGGCGCCCUGGCUUCCCGACCCCUUCUUCAGCCAGGGCGCCGCCGCCGUGCAGCAGCUGGCGGGCAUCGCCAUCGCGCGCGUCAAGGGCCGCCUGGACAACCCGCCACCCAUCGACCGCAAGGACCUGCUCGCGCGCCUGAUGGAGGGCCGCGACGACAAGGGCGAGCCCCUGGGCCGCGAGGAGCUCACCGCCGAGGCCCUGACGCAGCUCAUCGCCGGCUCCGACACCACCUCCAACUCGUCCUGCGCCCUGCUGUACCACGUCGCGCGCACGCCCGGCGUGAUCGAGAAGCUCCAGGCCGAGCUGGACGAGGCCAUCCCCGGCGGGCCGGACACGGUGCCGACGUACGAGCAGGUCGCCCACCUGCCCUACCUGCAGAACGUCGUCAACGAGGCCCUGCGCCACCACUCGACCAGCGGCAUCGGGCUGCCCCGCCAGAUCCCCGCCGACGCGCCCCGCGGCGUGACCAUCCGGGGCCACUACUUCCCGCCCGGGACGGUGCUGUCCGUCCCCUCGUACACGAUGCACCACUCGCGCGAGAUCUGGGGCCCCGACGCGGGCGAGUUCAGGCCCGAGCGGUGGGACGCCGUCACGCCCCGGCAGAAGAACGCCUUCAUCCCCUUCAGCCACGGCCCCCGGGCCUGCGUGGGCCGCAACGUGGCCGAGAUGGAGAUGAAGCUGAUCGUGGCCACGUGGGCGAGGAGGUACGACGUCUUCCUGCGGCAGGAGGUCAUGGAGACGCGCGAGGGGUUCCUGAGGAAGCCCCUGGGGCUGGAGAUUGGGGUCAGGAGGCGGGCUUAG